AAUAUAAGAUUGUACGGCGGAGACAUCCACUUCCCUGAACAUGCUUGCCUCAUUUCCAAGAACCUGAUCUAGCAUAAAAAUCAGUUUUAAAGGAAUUCACCACCUCUUUGGUGAAGUGGUUAGCACACCUAGCUAUAACCCCUUAAUGAUGACGAUGCCGCUGCCGUCAUAUAAUUCUUGGAGAUAUGGGCAACGAGCAUGAUGCCUGCCCUGGAGAGCGAGAAGCUAUCUGGAAUUUGAAGGAUAGCUCACUUGUCACUGUUGUGCCAACCUGUGAGUGCUGCAAGAUGUUGAGGCUGGGGCGGGCUGUUCAGGGGGCAGUGAAGUGUGUGGCUAGUGUGGUGGCCCCAGCAAGGCAGGCCAGCAGCUCAGCGGGGGACAGCCUCAAGCAUACCGUGCUUUAUGACUUCCACGUUGCUCAUGGAGGCAAGAUGGUGGGGUUUGCAGGCUAUGCCAUGCCAGUACAGUAUGGGGCAGUAGGCAUCGGAGCAUCUCAUAAGACUGUUCGGAGUACCUGUGGACUCUUUGAUGUCUCCCACAUGCUCCAGUGGCGCCUGUGGGGGGCUGGACGGGUGGACUUCCUGGAAAGACUAGUGGUUGCUGAUGUUGCGGGUCUACCAGAGAACACUGGUACCCUCUCCUUGUUUACCAACCCAGAAGGAGGCAUUGUGGAUGACCUCAUCGUCAGCCGCACCGACCUGAGUUACCUGUAUAUUGUCAGCAACGCUGGCUGCCGGGAGAAAGACUUGGCACACCUGAAGAAAUACCUGGCUGAGUACAAGGCUGAGGGAGGAGAUGUCUACUUGGAGAUUAUUGAAGACCAUGGCUUGAUAGCACUGCAGGGGCCCACCGCUGCUAGCAUACUUGAGCCUCUAGUUGAAGGCAGCCUCGACGACCUUUACUUCAUGCACACGCGACCGAUGCUCGUCGCCGGCACGCCCUGCAGGGUGACCCGUUGUGGCUACACUGGUGAAGAUGGCUUCGAACUCUCCAUUCCUAUCGACAAGGUACAAGAGAUAAGCGAGACUUUGGUGGACCGUGGAGCUGAGCCAGCCGGCCUCGGGGCACGGGACUCCCUCAGGCUGGAGGCUGGCCUCUGCCUUUAUGGUAAUGACAUUGAUGACACCACCACCCCCAUUGAGGCUGGCUUGGCCUGGACCAUCGGCAAGCGGCGAAGACAGACGGCAGACUUCCUUGGGGCAGAGGUCAUUUUAAAACAGCUGAAGGAGAAGCCAUCUCGGCGACGUGUUGGGCUGAAGUGCUCGGGUCCUCCACCCCGCAGCCACUGCCCUGUCCUUGGCCCUGAUGGCUCCAAAGUGGGUGAGGUAACCAGUGGGUGCCCCUCUCCCUCCCUUGGGGUGAAUGUGGCCAUGGCCUAUGUCCCUGCAGCCCUGGCCAAGGCAGGCACAGAACUGUCAGUGGAGGUGCGCAAGAAGGUCAUCCCUGCAACUGUCACCAAGAUGCCGUUUGUGAAGUGCAAUUACUACACCAUGAAAUAACGCCUGCCAAAGGGUGAAGACGUGCUGCCUGGCUGGUGAGGCCGCACCGUCUGAGUGUAAGGGUUGGAGAGAGUGAAAAUCCUGCCAGGUAUGUUUGUUUUUAUGUACAUGAGAGAUCGUUUAAGCAGUUGAAGGGGUGGUCCAGGUGAUGCAGUGGCAGGAGUGUGUGCAAGAAAGAUGAAAAGAAAGGCAAAAUGAAUCCCCAAUCAUUUUGCUGUAGCAGAUUGUACUUAAGAGAAUGUGAGAUAUUUUAGUGUCAUUUUUUCUUGUGUAUGUCAGUGUAUUUGCAAGUGGUGUGCAUCUUAAUGGCCUGUUUGCAUGGAUGGGUGCUUGUGUAUUUACUUUUAUCAUGGUUCUCUUCAUAACCCAGAAAGAAUUACUUGCCAUGCAAUACUACAAAGAACACUGAUCAUGAUGAUGGUGCUGUGUUGACAUCUUUUGCAUUUAGUUGGUCGCUGAAUUUCCUAAGUAUCAGAUAACAAAUACAGAAAUGUGUAAGUAAUAGUGAUCUACUAAUCUAUGCUAACUGUGGACAGGCUGUGAAAGAGUGCGGACGAGGGGACGGAGAGGUAAUAGCUGUCUAGUUGUUAUAAAAGUGAAAAGAAAUGGUACAAACUAUUCUUCUAACAAUAGUUGAUUAAUCAGUGAUGUAUUUAAAUUGACGAGUUAGAAAGUUUAGAUAGACAAGGGUUAGUCAGAAACUAGAAAGGGGAGUUAGAAAAUGUUUUCUUUACUGGAGACUGGUUGGUGUUUACGGGUAAAGGAACAGUUACCAGCAGAACGUGGUUACUGAGCGGUGUGGCAGCAUAUCCUACAUUAUAAGAUAGACCCUUGGAAAAUGUGUGGCUGUUGUCCUUGCUUCUCAAAUAGUGCAUGAUGCCUUGAAAGCCAGUGAUUUUGUUUCUUGAGAAGGUGGGAUAUAGAACACUACAGUGUGAACAGUCAAGAGAAGAUAAUCAAGAUAUAAGUUGAAUUGACUGAUAAACUAUCUGCCAUGAAUGGUGGUGAACCUUAUACGUAUUGUGCAGAGUGAACUGAGCAAACUCUAAAGAACAAAUGUCUGUGAUAUUGAUGAGACAUGAAAAUGGUAGUAAUAACAAAAAACAUAUUGCCAAAUGACAAUAAAGGGAUAUUACGAUUUACCUAGAUAAGAUGAAGUUCACGUCAAGUGUAUUACUUACAUGAUGUGUUAAUGAAGAAGAAUAUCAGUCAUGCAUGGAGGAUUCAAGGGUUGUGAUUAAAGUUGACGAGCAUC